GUAGUACAUAACAGAUUUUGUCAUGGAACCUGUUCCUCCUACUUCAUACCACGUUUGAGGCCGCGGAAAUUGAAAUUGGAUGCUAUGUUUCAAAGUUGUUCGGUGUGUAGGCCAGCUGAAUGGGAUACUGUUGAGGUAAAAUUGGAUUGUCCGAGGAAAAAUCCGAAAGAAUUGAAACGAAAAGUGAUCAAAGUGAAGAAAUGUAAAUGUAUUGCAUUGAGCGGUAAUAAUCUUGAAAGCGAAGAGGAUGGUCGAUAA